AUGAUUUCAUCAGAUGGCAAGAACAAAAUUCAUAUUCUACGAAAUGUAAAUUCGUAUUCGCUGUCAAAUAGGAUGUCCUGUUGCCAAGAAUAUUUAGCCUUGGCAUCAUUGGAUAUAACCUUGUUUGAUUUUGUAAAAAAGCACUGCAUCUUGUCUCUCAAAAAAGCUCGUUUUCAACCUGUAGAUUGGAACAGCAAGGAAAAGAUUCAAGAACGCCUGGAUUGGAUUCAUAAAUGGGAAAAAACAGACAUGGAUUUUACGACCAACUGCGUCGUCCUUGAUGAAUCUGCAUUUCAUAUUAAUUUGAAACGUAGUAUGGCAUGGUCAAAGAAAGGCUCCCCUGCAGUGGUCACAGUUCCCAAAACACGAGCAAAAACAACAGCCAUUUUAGGUCCAAUUUCUGCCCAAGGUCUGAUUAAAUGUAGCCUCAGGCUUCCUCAGCCUCCAUCCAAUAAAAAGAGAAAGCAAGGAGAAGACGUUGGGCGUGUGAGCAAAGGGACAGUUAUGGGACACUAUGUUAUUAAUUAUAUCUUUCUUUGUAAUACAUGUGUAUAUAAUUUGACAAUGCUGAUUUGA